UACUGAGCUGAAACUCUUGGAGGAGGCAACCAUUUCAGUCUGCAGGUCUUUAGUUGAAAACAAUCCUCGAACAGGAAAUCUUGGUGCACUAAUUAAGGUCUUCCUUUCUAGAACCAAAGAACUAAAACUUUCAGCAGAAUGUCAGAACCACAUCUUUAUUUGGCAGACUCACAAUGCUUUGUUUAUUAUUUGCUGUUUGCUGAAAGUGUUCAUCUGUGAGAUGUCAGAAGAAGAGUUACAACUUCAUUUUACUUAUGAAGAAAAAUCUCCUGGCAGUUACUGGAAGAAGCCUUUGGAAAUUGAGAGACUGAAGAUAGAAGCUGCAGAGGGGGAGGAAAUGCUGAAAAGAGGGUCCAAGGAAGUAGGAGGAGCUGGGAUGAAGAGCACAGCAGGGAGUAUAGGCUUGCCAGAUCCUGGACGAGCCCCCAAAAUAU